CUGAAAGCUGACACUUCAUGUAUAGUUUGAAUAAGAAAUCGUUACGAUAACCUUGUUUUGAAAAUGACGAGAAGAUGUACUUCCGAAUAGUUAUGGUUUUUUAUUUCCCCGAAGUAAACAAGGCAAUAUAAACAAUGAAAAAAUAUUUACUAUGAUAGCGUUGUAAGCGGAAGAAUGAUUCAAAUAUGGUUUAGGAAUUGUUUAAGAUUUUAGUCUGGUCAGUGAUUUAUCGAGGUUGAUGCAAAAUAUUGAAAUAUGUAUAGAACGUAAUUAUUCUUUAAUAGAAAUACGAUUGUAUUUCGUGUGGGACGUUAAGGUUAUAUUAUGAGUCAUUCUACUGAUUAGAGUAGCUAUUUAUAAUUUUAUUGUGGUUGGUUGAUGGAAAUUGGAAUCUCCUUUGUCAGUACAGUGUUCUCAGUGGAUAGAAUAUUUGAAUAAGGAAUAAUUUGCAGUCAGGAAAAAAGAUUUGUCAAAAUGAUUGACGUAGAAAUGGAUCGUUUGAUUAUGAAAACGGAUCUCGGAAAAUCGUGUCUGUCAAAAAACGAUCCCGUAAUAGAAUCUCCAAAAAUAAAUACGUCAAUAAAAAUUGAUUCAAACGAAACGAAACAGCAUCCGACAAAAAAUGUACCUUCAAACGUGUAUUUACAAUAUAUAUUGCCAUGCAGUCUUUUGAAAUUAGCUUUAUACGUUAUUAUUUGUUGUGCUUUAAUAUUGUUCAUAAGACAGGCUAAAUAUAUUUUUAUCGAGAUAUACGAAAUAGACAUAAAUUCUAUCAAAGACAACGAAAACAGCCUAAGUAGAAGUUACAAAUUUAUCGACACUGCCGAUGGUAUAACUAUUAACCAAAAGUAUGAAUACGAUGUAGCAUUUGUUGAUAUAGUAUUUCAAGCAACUGAAACUACACAAUGUAACAAUGUUCCAGAAAUAUUACGGUUUGAUUGCCACCCUGAAGACGAAGCAUCAGAAUCAUCUUGCACAAGCAGAGGCUGUUGCUGGAAACCAGUCACCAAACAGAAUUCAACUUCUCAAGUACCUUUGAGAGUUCCAUUAUGCUAUUAUCCAAAUAAUUGGAGUCUAUAUAAGUAUACAAAUUUGAGCAGAAAUGGAAAUGAUGUUUCUGGAUUUCUUAAACAAACAGGCAAUUCCUUUUAUGGGAAUGAUAUACCUCUUGUUAAAGUAGAAACCAGUAGUGUAGAUGAUUCGAUUUUGCGUCUAAAAAUAUACGACGCUUCGAAAAAACGGUAUGAACCACCGUGGCCUAUCAGGUCCGACACUAAAUCAUUUUCACAAAGAAACAUUGAUGCAAAGUAUAAAUUAGAUGUUGAUGAUACCAAACCUGGUUUCAAAGUACACAGGACCUCAGAUGAUACCGUGUUAUUUGACUCUAUUAAUAUUGGAGGUUUUAUAUUUGCUGACCAGUUCUUGCAAAUAAGUGCUCUUUUGCCAACACAUAACAUUUAUGGUCUUGGUGAACAUGAAACAAACUUAAAAUUAGACACUAAUUGGAAGAUUUUUACGUUAUCGAACUUGGAUCAACCGCCGAUGGAAAAUGCAAAUUUAUACGGAUCUCAUCCUUUUUAUUUAAUGCUUGAAAAUUCUGGAAAAGCUCACGGAGUUUUGUUUCUCAACAGUAACAUUAUGGACGUGAUACUACAACCAUCGCCCGGUAUAACGUUCCGAACUAUUGGGGGUAUAUUUGACAUAUAUUUCUUUCUGGGACCAACCCCAGCAGACGUUAUAAAACAGUACUCUGAAGUAGUAGGAAAACCUUUUCUUCCUCCAUAUUGGUCCCUCGGUUUUCAUUUAUGCAGAUACGGAUAUAAUACUUUGGAGAAAACAAAAGAAGUAUGGAACAGAACCAUUGCAGCAGGAAUUCCAUUUGAUACCCAAUGGAACGAUUUAGAUUACAUGGAUAAAAACAACGAUUUUACGUACAAUAUUGAUAAAUUCAAGGAUCUACCGCAAUUUUUGGAAGAAAUACAUUCGAGAGGAAUGCAUUAUAUUCCCUUGAUCGAUGCUGGAAUAUCUGCCUCUGAAAUCAACGGAACUUACAUGCCGUACGACGAGGGCCUGAAAGUUGAUAUAUUUGUUAAGGAUCGAGCAACUAAUCUGCCAUUUGUUGGUAAAGUUUGGAAUCUCGUUGCCACUGUGUGGCCCGACUUCACGAAUCCUAAAACGCCAGAUUAUUAUUAUCGUAUGAUGAAAGAUAUGCACGACAAGUUUGCAUACGAUGGCGCCUGGAUCGACAUGAACGAACCAUCAAAUUUUUACAACGGUCUCAAAAAUGGAUGUACGCACAAUAGUUUCGAUUAUCCGAAAUACGUACCCCACACUAUUGAAAAUGCACUCGCAUCGAAAACGCUGUGCAUGGAUGCCAAACACUAUUUAGGACCGCACUACAAUCUACACAAUACCUAUGGCAUGAGUCAGGCGGUAGCUACGAAUUACGCACUGACUAAAAUUCGGCACAAAAGACCAUUUAUAAUUUCCCGCUCGACAUGGGUAGGACAUGGAUAUUAUGCUGGCCAUUGGUCAGGAGAUGUUUUCUCCACAUGGCACGAUUUAAGAUUGAGCAUUCCUACGAUGCUGUCGUUCAACUUUUAUCAAAUACCAAUGGUUGGCGCUGAUAUUUGCGGAUUCAAUUGGAACACCACAACUGCACUAUGCAAUCGUUGGAUGCAACUUGGUGCUUUUUAUCCAUUCUCUCGUAAUCAUAAUUCCGACGACACGAUCGAGCAAGAUCCAGUUGCUAUGGGCGAUUUAGUGGUGCGAUCGUCGAUACGCGCUCUUAAGAUACGUUACUGGCUUUUACCGUAUUUAUACACCUUGUUCUUCCGAGCGCAUAAAUUUGGGGAAACUGUGGCGCGGCCAUUAUUUUUCGAAUUCCCCGAUGAUCCAGCCACGUACGAUAUCGAUACUCAGUUCCUGUGGGGUCGCUCUCUGAUGAUUGUUCCUGUUUUAAAAGAAGGCGAGGUAAAUGUUAGUGCUUAUUUGCCGCGUGGACUGUGGUACGAUCUUUAUACGAAAACUAGCGUGUUCGCGAUCGAUGGACGACGUACAUUGGACGCACCGCUGGAUACUAUACCGCUAAUGAUCCGCGGAGGGUCUGUUUUGCCGGCUCAAGAACCGGCUGCAACAACAACGGACAGUAGAAAAAACAAUUUUGAAUUGUUAAUCACGUUGGAUGAAUUUAAAAAGGCUGAAGGAGAAUUAUAUUGGGACGACGGCGACAGUUUAGAUUCCCUCGAAACGGGACAGUUUGCGUGGGUGUCCUUCGUCGUUGAGAACAAUACUUUGUCCAGUUCUGUAACGAAAGAAAGUGCCUUCAACCAGAAGGUCGUCCUCGACAAAAUAGAUAUAUGGGGAGUAACAUCAAACGUCUUGGAAGUUACCUUACAAGGUCGUAAAAUGAAAUUCGAAUAUAACGAUAAAGAAAACUGCUUGUCCAUAAAAAAUCUCCAAACGGAUUUAAGGAAAAACUUCGUGCUCGAAUGGAAGUACGGUCCCCCGGCCGAUAUAAUCAACGACAUUAUGCGUUAUCCGUGGUUGUUGUUAUUAUUCACGGGCAUAGUAUAAAAUAUAAUCUCCGUUCAUUUUGAAUAAGACUUUUGUUACUAUACUAUAUACAUAUACACGUGUUUGUAUUUUCUUAU